CGGCCAGGUUCAUUCAAGGCUGAAGAAUGAGGGACACACAUUACACUACACACCCCCUGGUGGUGGCUGUAGUAUAGAGAGAGAAAUUAAGUUGAUGAGAGAGAAACAAAAACAAAAACACCCUCUAGAAUUAAGGGUAGUGUAGUAGUGUAGUGUUUUGUGUGUAAUGAAUAUGAAUAUAGAUAGAUAUGAUAGCACCUUAAAGUCUCUUCCUUUUCUUUUUCUUUUCUUUCUCAGCGUCCUCUCAGAAAGCCCAAUGCUUUAAAAGCCCCUCCAUCAGUUACGCUUUCCUUCCAAACCCAUCACUCAAUACACACAAUAUAUAUUUACUUGUAUAUAUAUAUUACAAUCAUUCAUUUGUGUGUUCUUUUUCUUUCAUUCAUUCAUAGAGUGCGGCGAGGGUGGUGUUGGUGGUAGUGUUGGUUCUGUGACUUGAAGGUGAUCAACUGAGACUAAUGGAGUACGCAAGCGGAGGAAGUGGGUCCCCUGGUGACUACCAUGAUGGUGGUUCUGAUUCCCAGAGGAGAAAGAAGCGCUAUCACCGUCACACUGCUAAUCAGAUUCAGAGGCUUGAAUCGCUGUUCAAGGAUUGUCCUCAUCCAGAUGAGAAGCAGAGGCUGCAGUUGAGCAGGGAACUAGGCUUGGCCCCUAGGCAGAUCAAGUUUUGGUUCCAGAACAGGAGGACCCAGAUGAAGGCCCAGCACGAAAGGGCGGAUAACUGCGCGCUCCGGGCUGAGAAUGACAAGAUUCGCUGUGAGAACAUUGCAAUCAGGGAAGCGCUGAAAAAUGUCAUCUGCCCCAAUUGUGGUGGUCCUCCUCACAAUGAUGAUUCCUACUUUGAUGAGCAAAAGCUGAGGUUGGAGAAUGCUCAUCUCAAGGAAGAGCUUGACAGAAUGUCAAGCAUUGCUGCUAAGUACAUUGGGCGGCCAAUCUCUCAGCUGCCACCAGUUCAGCCUCUUCAUAUGUCAUCUCUGGAUUUGUCAAUGGGGAGUUAUGGUGGGCAUGGUUUGGCUGGUGUUGGUGCACCUUCCCUUGAUCUUGAUCUUCUCCCUGGGAGUUCAUCAACCAUGGCAAACAUGCCUUACCAGCCUGCUGGUUUCUCUGAGAUGGAGAAGUCUCUCAUGUCGGACAUUGCUUCAAGCGCCAUGGAAGAAAUGAUGAGGCUCCUGCAGACUAAUGACCCACUGUGGAUCAAGUCAAGCGCUGCCGCUGAUGGCAAAGAUGUGCUCAACUAUGAUGCCUAUGACAGAAUGUUCCCCAAGAACAGCAGCCGUUUGAAGAACCCCAAUGUUCGUGUUGAAGCUUCUAGGGAUUCUGGAGUUGUGAUCAUGAAUGGCUUGACUUUGGUUGACAUGUUUAUGGAUCCGAACAAGUGGAUGGAGAUAUUUCCCACCAUUGUGACAGUGGCAAGGACUAUGGAAGUUAUAUCUCCUGGAAUGAUGGGUACUCAUAGUGGCUCUUUGCAAUUGAUGUAUGAAGAGUCGCAAGUGCUUUCUCCACUUGUUCCUACUAGAGAGUUCUACUUCCUGCGUUACUGUCAGCAAAUUGAGCAAGGCUUGUGGGCAAUAGUGAAUGUUUCAUAUGAUUUUCCUCAUGAUAACCAAUUCACACCUCAAUUCCGCUCUCAUCGCCUUCCUUCUGGUUGCUUCAUCCAAGACAUGCCUAAUGGCUAUUCCAAGGUUACUUGGCUAGAGCAUGUGGAGAUUGAAGACAAAACUCCAGUUAACAGGCUUUAUAGGAAUGUUAUCUAUAGUGGGCUUGCAUUUGGAGCUCAAAGGUGGCUCACUACUCUUCAGAGGAUGUGUGAAAGGCUUGCUUGUCUAAUGGUGUCUGGAAAUUUUACCCGUGAUCUGGGAGGAGUGAUUCCAUCUCCUGAGGGGAAGAGGAGCAUGAUGAAACUUGCACAAAGGAUGGUGACCAAUUUCUGUGCAAGUGUUAGCGCAUCGGCAAGCCACCAAUGGACCACACUCUCUGGACUGAAUGAGAUUGGAGUCAGAGUCACUGUGAGGAAGAGCACAGACCCUGGCCAGCCUAAUGGGGUUGUGCUUAGUGCUGCCACUACCAUUUGGCUCCCAGUUCCCCCACAAACUGUGUUCAACUUCUUCAAGGAUGAAAGGAAAAGAUCUCAGUGGGAUGUUCUCUCUAAUGGUAAUGCUGUCCAAGAGGUUGCUCACAUAGCAAAUGGUUCCCAUCCUGGCAACUGCAUAUCUGUGCUUAGGGCUUUCAACACAAGUCAGAACAACAUGCUGAUCCUGCAAGAGAGCUGUGUGGACUCCUCAGGCUCCAUUGUGGUGUUCUGUCCAGUUGAUCUGCCAGCUAUCAACAUCGCGAUGAGCGGCGAGGACCCUUCCUACAUUCCAUUACUACCAUCAGGGUUCACAAUUACACCUGAUGGAAACACUGAUCAAGGAGGUGGAGGAGGAGAUGGAGCAUCAACCAGCUCAAACACCAACACCAGGUCUGGUGGAGGAUCGCUGAUCACCGUCGCGUUUCAGAUUCUGGUGAGCAGCCUGCCAUCUUCGAAGCUGAACAUGGAUUCGGUGGCGACGGUUAACAGCCUCAUUGGUGACACUGUCCAGCACAUUAAGGCUGCUUUGAAUUGUCCUAGUUCCUGAUGAGAAAGAAAAAACUUAGUUUUAACUCUUCCUUAAAUAUUUUGAUCAGAAAAUGGUUCAGACUUCAGAGUACCUGAGUUUAUUUUGUGCUGGUGGUGGUAAUCAAUGUUGAGAAGAAGUUGAAGUGUUUUGGGUUAGUUGGGACUUCAAUGCCCUCUCAUCAAGAGCACAAGCUGAAGUUAUUUACUCCUCUCUGCUGCUGCUGGUAGACCUGUAUUUUGCUUCAAAGGUUUUCAUUAAGUUUCAUUACAUUUCAUACCAACUACCAAAAAUUUUAAAUUUCAUUACAUUUAUUUUGGGGAUUGUUAUUUUGCUUGCACUUUUGAGAUAUUUGUUGUUUGUCCUAGUAGAGGGAGUCAAGAGCGAACCAUGCUUGGUCUUUUUCUCCUUCACAGAUCAGAUGAAUAUGUGGU